GGUAAAUGUAUGCGGAAGUUGAUCAUAUUUAGCGCGAAAGGUUGAUUGUUGCGAAGCAGCAAUGAACAUGGAAGUUCGCAAAGUAAAAUCUAAAGUGUCUGCUGGGUUCAAGAUGCGGGGACUGAUGCUUCGACCAGAUGCCAGUAGGUAUCUCAUUGAGGUCCUGGAAUCAGUCAGUCCGCUGGAGCUGGAUGAUGUCAUCGAACGGGUGUUAGAUGCUGUUGAGAAGCAGCCUUUGUCCUCCAGUAUGAUAGAGCUACCAGUAGUGGAGACUGCUGUACAGGAUUGUAGUCAGUCAUGUGAUGAAAAUAUAGACAAUGUUUUUAACAUCAUCAGUGCAUUCGAUGUGCCACGGUUUAUCUACAGUACUGAGAGGAAAAAGUUCAUUCCCAUCAGCAUGACGAAUCACCCUGCGCCCAGCCUGUGUGGCACAGCCAGAGACAAGGCCGACCUCUUCAGGGAACGCUAUACUAUACUGCAGCAGCGGACACAUCGUCAUGAGCUCUUCACCCCGCCUGCUAUAGGGGCAGCUGUAGAGGAAGGCAGGAACAAAUUUCAGUUGAAGACGAUAGAGGCCUUGCUUGGUUGCACGGCUAAGUUAGGCGAGGUCAUCGUCCUAGGAAUGGUGACACAGCUGAAAGAGGGUAAAUUCUAUCUGGAAGACCCCAGUGGAACCAUCCAGCUCAACAUGUCAAAGGCACAGUUUCACAGUGGUUUGUACACAGAAUCUUGCUUUGUUCUGGCAGAAGGCUGGUACGAGGACUCCGUCUUCCAUGUCAACGCCUUUGGAUUCCCCCCUACUGAACCCUCCUCCACCACCAGGGCAUAUUAUGGCAACACUAACUUUUUCGGUGGCCCGUCAACCACGUCAGUAAAGGCAUCCGCUAAGUUGAAACAGCUGGAGGAGGAGAACGAGGAUGCCAUGUUUGUCGUGUUGUCUGACGUGUGGCUGGACAGUGUGGAGGUGCUGGAGAAGAUCCAUCUUAUGUUUUCAGGCUAUGCUGCCAUGCCUCCCACCUGCUUCAUCUUCUGUGGAAACUUCUCCUCUGCCCCGUACGGGAAAACUCAGAUCACAUCCCUCAAAGAGUCACUGAAGAUACUGGCAGAUGCAAUCUGUGAAUACCCUAGCAUUCACAACAGUAGUCGCUUUGUGUUUGUUCCUGGGCCUGACGACCCUGGCCCCAGCACCAUCCUGCCCAGGCCUCCCCUAGCAGACCACAUCACUGAGGAGUUUAGACAGAGGGUUCCUUUCUCAGUCUUUACCACAAACCCUUGCAGGAUUCAGUAUUGUAGUCAGGAAAUCGUUGUCCUUAGAGAAGACCUGGUCAACAAGAUGUGCAGAAACUGUGUCCGGAUGCCUAGCAACAAUCUUGACAUUCCAAACCAUUUUGUGAAGACCAUCUUGUCCCAGGGUCACCUGACCCCUCUGCCGCUCUAUGUCAGUCCGGUGUUCUGGGCUUAUGACUAUGCCCUCCGUGUCUACCCUCUGCCCGACGUCAUUAUUUUUGCUGACAAAUAUGACCCGUUCAACAUCUCCAACACAGACUGCCUCUGCAUCAACCCGGGCUCCUUCCCAAGGACUGGCUUCACCUUCAAGGUGUACUAUCCCUCCAACAGGACUGUGGAGGACAGCAAGCUUCAAGGGCUCUAGAGAAUGGAUGGGAGCUUCCCAUGGAUUAACUGUGUAACUCAUCGUUUUGUAAAAAAUUGUGUGUGUAAAUUAUAUCUGUAAUUGUUAUUUCAAUAUACCAUUUGUAUUAUGGAAUAAAUAUCUACAUUAUGUUGUC